AUGCCUAUCUCAGAGCCAAAAGCCUCCAAUAUCACCAAUGGCACCACCACAAAUACUGCCGCCGUUAGCAGCGCAAACAUCAGCCAGGUUCCGGGAAACAACCGGAAUAGUGUGGACAGAUUUGCACGGGCACCAGCAUCCGAUGGGCCAUAUUUUGCCAGUGCCCGGAUUGGAGACAGAUCAGCACACCUCAACGGGAUCUCCAACCAACUCAAUGCCAUGGACGCAGUGUUGAACAACGGACGAUGA